AUGUCACUAGCUGAAAUUAUUGUCGUGGAUGCUGACGCUUCGUCUCGAUCAUCGCUCUCUCUCUUCGCUCUAUGCAAUCGCAUUGCAGCUUCCUCAGCUUCAAAUACUUCCAUUUGUAUCAACCUAAUUGAUCCUCCAACUUUAUAUGAAGCUACAGUCUCGUCCUGUGAAAAGCCAAGAGCACUCGAUUGCUCUGGUGUCGAAUAUGUCGAGAUAAUUGAAGCGGCACUUUGUUUCAUGACUCACGACACGUCGCGCUUUGAACUUAAGUGGUCGAGAAAACAUUCUGCAUUGACACUUAUGGAGCGCGCAGAGUUUGCCAUGAAAUUCUGUACGAUUCAAUUCCAAGUUCGAGAUGGUUCGGACAAAUGGUGUGCGUUAUUGCAUCAAGUCGCUGUACAACAAGAAAAGAAUACAAAAGUUAUUAACGACAAGAGCAACAGAAUUAUCGAUUUGGAAAAAUUACUUGGUGACAAAGAAGCAUUAGUAGAAACAGCAUUGAUAGCCAAACAGAGCACAGAGGACCGUCUAAUCCAGGGCUUUUGCGCUGUUUUAAAUGCUAAGAAAGACGAAAUUAGAAGAUUACAACACGAGGUGGAACAAGCGCAAAGAUAUGACGUUGCGACUGUGUCAAAGAAAAAACCAGUGAUCAAGAACAGGAGAAAAGCAUCGGGAGCUAAGUUGAAGCGAAAAAAAGAAGAGACUGAAAGUGACGAGAAAAGUGAUGAACAUACGGAUCUUGAUGAUGAAGGAGAUAAUAGAAUGCGCAUGAAAAGAGACGCAGUCAGUGCAUAUAGUCAAUUGCCGAGCCAUUUAAAGUCGGAAUCAAUGCACAUAAGCUCAGCAGACGAUCUUCUUUCAAGUAUGGACGACCUUAUCAAACAUGAAGAGAAGGUGGAUGAAGAAACACAGCGAGGAGAUACAAACAUGAUGAAGUUUGAACCAGUGACGACAGUAUCCAACCAGGAGAAGGCAAAGCCAACGAAGAAGAUACAAGCAGGUGAAGAGGCGAAUCAGUCUGCGCGAGUUGAGGAAGCAAUGGACUCGGAAGAGGAGGAAAUUUUGGAUAUGUUGUCGUAA